GAACACGCGGAAGCAAGAGCCGAACUCGUCAACGAAGCCAUCAACGACCUGCAAGCAGCUACCAUCUUAGCGAACCUCUGGCGCAUCCAGAAUGACGCAGAAAAGCGUCUCUGGACGGUCAGACUUGAAGGCGAAGCUCGAGAAGCAGAAGCCGAGCGCAGAGAAGCCGCAGAAGAAGAAGCCCAGCGCCAACAAGCUUUAAAGGCAGAACAAGAAGCAGCCGUCAAAGAGCAGCGUAAAAAGAACAAAGCCAAGUACGCUCCAGUCAAAGACAUGAAGUCCGGCGAGUACUGUGAACUAUUCUAUUUCACUAACAUCGGUCUCGAAGAAGCAUCCCGAUCAGCGUUCACGGCUGACGAAGACGCCCUGGUAAUGCUGCCCUCAUCCGACGGACUACACAAGUGGAUUCCUGCCGGCGCUGCCAAAGACCCCAAAGUCCAAGUCGUCAAAGACGAAAACCUCACCUGGGAGCAAUUCAACGAAUCAGCUCCGCGCAUGGUCACCUUCAUGAAGGACAACGACUGGCCAGACGACCGAGUGAAUAUGCACAUUGCAUUCUGGUCCGCACUACAGAAUCACAGAUGGCGCCACGAUUUCGACACUCACAAACAACGCGCGCUGCUGUUAUAUCAAGCCCAACAACGCAAGCGUUGGCACCUCGCCGUCGGCAGCUCCAAUAGUUGGAGCAUUGCGAAAAUCAACCAGGACUUGCUGAAUGAAGCUCGUGAGACGAUAUUUAACCAAUUCAGAAUGCAGAUACUGUCUAGCCAGGUACGCUUGCCCUCACCAUCCUCAUACCAGAAUCGCAACUAA